CGUAUUAAUGCAACAAGAAAUUUAAGCAUUCCUCCUUGUUCCCAAGGAUUCUGAUUUCACCAUCAAAAACAUUCCUUUCGGUGUUGCAUCCAAAACUGAUGGCCUUCCCUUUCCAGCCACCAUCAUAGGUAAUUCUUACUCACUAAUUCGAUUAGGUGAUUCUGUGAUCAAUUUGGCCAAACUUGAAGAAUUGGGAUAUUUUAAUGGACCUCUAUUUUCUGCUUUAGGAUCGAAAGUCUUUGACAAUGGAAACUUAAACAAAUUUGUUUCUCUCUCAAGACCUUAUUGGAAAGAAGUCAGAUCUUAGAUCCAAUCUUUAUUUUCAACUGGAAGCCAAUUGGAAAACAACAAAGAAGUCUUGGCUUAGGUUAUCACACCUGUUCAAGAUAGUAAAUAAUUUAUAUGAAGUAGCCAAAAAUCAUUUGCCAAUCACAAUUGGAGAAUACACUGAUUUUUAUUCUUCUAAGAAUCAUGCUUUUAAUAUGGGAUCUAUUAUCAGAGGACCUGACAAUGCCAUGCAACCAAAUUGGUACUAUUUACCUGUUGGAUAUCAUGGAAGAAGAUCAUCAAUUGUUGUUGAUGGAACAGAUAUACGAAGACCUUGGGGUUAAGUUAAGGCUCCAACAGCUGAGAAACCAUCUUUCACUAAGUGCAAAAGAUUAGAUUACGAAUUAGAAAUUGGAGCAGUUAUUGGAGGAGCUCCAAACAAUUUGGGAGAACCAAUUAAGGUGAAUCAAGCCGAAGAUAGAGUCUUUGGGUUUGUGAUUCUGAAUGAUUGGUCAGCCAGAGAUGUUCAAGUCUGGGAGUAUGUACCCCUAGGUCCAUUUGGAGCCAAAAACUUUGCAUCCACCAUAUCCCCUUGGAUUGUCUCCAUUGAAGCAUUAGAACCAUUCCGUAUUUAAUUACCAGAACAAGAUCCAGAACCAUUCGUCUACUUAAAAGAGAAGAAGUAUUUAUCAAUUCAUAAUGAAGUCAUACAUCAUUCGAUAUUAAUUUGGAAGUGCUCAUUGGAACAGAGAAGAGUCCUGAAUUGGAACAUUUCACUACCAGCAAUUUUAAGUAUAUGUAUUGGAGUGUGAAUUAAUAAAUUGCUCAUCAUUCCAUUACUGGAUGCAACAUUUAACCAGGAGAUCUCUUUGGAUCUGGAACAAUCUCAGGAACAACCAAGGAUGGAAGAGGAUGUUUAAUGGAAUACACAUGGAAUGGAAAAGAGCCUUUGGUAUUGAAAUCAGGGGAACAAAGAUUGUUUUUGGAGGAUGGCGAUGUCCUUGAAAUGAGAGGAUAUGCAGGAGAAGGAGAGUAAGAAUCAUAUAUAUAUGUUUAGAAAUCGCGUUGGAUUUGGCAGAUGCAAAGGAAAGAUUUUACCUGCUUUAGAUGAGAAUUAUUUCUAAUAAUGAAAGUUAAAUAUUAUCAAUAUUAAAAUUU